AUGACGCAGACUGUCUUUUCCCAUGUUUUGAUUUUGGCCUUGAAGUCCCUCCUUAACCCGAACAUUGGUGUUAUUCAGGUGACAGGGAUGACACCUGCUGAAACCAACGUUGAGGUUUGCGGUGAGUUCUUGCGGGACCUUAACAAGAAAAUUAAGGAAUCCAAGAAGAGGGAGAGAGACGAGCUUUCUCUGAACCCCCCAAAGGAGGACAACGAAGAGAGCACCUACGAGCCCAUACCACAACCACAAACGAAGAAAUUGAAGGUGAGGUCUGAUAUGGUGAUCAUUCGGGAUGAGGUGCGAAAGAACGAGAAGAACCUGCGCAAGCUCUUCCUAAUGUGCGAUGUCAACAUCGAGAUGAAGGCAUUCGAAUCGUUAGUGGGGAGAAAACUGCUGGAAAAACCCAGCUGA